AGUGCUGAUUGGAAGGAGACCAGAGAACCUCAGUCAGCUUUAAACUCUCUGAAACCUGAUUCAAGAUGUAAGAAACCAUUCAGCUGCUCUGAGUGUGGGAGGAGAUUUGGCUGCAGGUCAGAUAUUAAGAGACACAUGAGAAUCCAGACAGGAGAGAAACCUUUUAGCUGCUCUGUGUGUGGUAAAGAUUUCUCUGAUAAUGGACACCUGAAGAGACACAUGAUAACUCACACAGGAGAAAACCCUUUUAGCUGCUCAGUCUGUAAGACAUCUUUUACUCAGAGUUGGAGUUUACGGUCACACAUGGCCGUAGUCCACACAGGAGAGAAAAGAUUCAGCUGCAGUGUUUGUGACAAAAGAUUUGCCUGGCGUUCUGAUGUCAAAACACAUGCAUGUGUUGGUCAUAUAAACACAGAAGCUGAUGGAGAGGACUGUGGAAGACCAGAACCAGCCAGGAACUCGCAUCCACAUCCACUUUUACAACCAGAGACUGAAGACCAGACUGGAGACUCUUCUGAUCCUGAGACUGAUGACAGUGCUGAUUGGAAGGAGACCAGAGAACCUCAGUCAGCUUUAAACUCUCUGAAACAUGAUUCAAGACGUAAGAAAACAUUCAGCUGCUCUCAGUGUGGGAAAAUAUUUAGCUUCAAGUCAGAAUUUAAGAGACACAUGAGAAUCCACACAGGAGAGAAACCUUUCAGCUGUUCUGUGUGUGGUAAAGAUUUUACUGAAGGGGGAAACCUGAAGAAACACAUGAAAAUUCACACAGGAGAAAAACCUUUUAGCUGCUCUGUCUAUAAGAGAUCUUUUACACAGAGAGGAAGUUUACUGUCACACAUGGCUUUAGUCCACAACGGAGAGAAAAUAUUCAGUUGCAGUGUUUGUGACAAAAGAUUUGCCUGGCGUUCUCAUGUCAAAACACAUAAAUGUGUUGGUCAUAUAAACACAGAAGCUGAUGUAGAGGACUGUGGAGGACCAGAACCAGCCAAGAACUCACAUCCACUUUUACAACCAGAGACUGAAGACCAGACUGGAGACUCUUCUGAACCUGAGACUGAUGACAGUGCUGAUUGGAAGGAGACCAGAGAACCUCAGUCAGCUUUAAACUCUCUGAAACAUGAUUCAAGAUGUAAGAAAACAUUCAGCUCCUAAUAGUACAGUCUAAACAUUUGAUAUAGUUAUGUAAAAGUACUGUCUAAACAGUUGAAAUAGUUAGCUCACAGUACUGACUAAACAGUUGAAAUAGCUAAAAGUAGGGUGACCAGACGUCCUGGUUUGACCAGACGUCCUGGUUUGACCAGGACAGUCCCGAUUCUGAGUUGUGUGUCCCUGUCGGGACACUAAAAUUUCCCGGUUUACACCAGCCACUAUGAAAUUGUCCUGGUUGUCAGCGAUUACAUAGCCGACGUGGUCUUAUUAUAGCCCAAUCAUUAA